ACAACAUUUGACACCUAUUCAUAGCCAUAAGAAAGAAGGUCUGCCAUUGCAGACUAUAUUGGAUUUUUCUAUAACCUUCUUAGUUUUGGGUCAACAAUUCAUACAGAUUUGAUAAGAAACAUUUAAAAGGUCAUUUUUUCCGUUUCAACCCCAUUUUGUUCUUUUAAGGCCACUGUGUAAUGGAUCAAAGAUGACAUUUAUUGAUUUAUGGACAUAUUUUAGAUUGUGUGGUAUGAUGUCUUGAAUCAAUCCUUGUCUUCGAAACAAGGAAAAAAUGCACUUAAUGGGGACAAAAUCAAAAGUUCGGAGGAAUCCGAGAUAGGCGAUUGAGAAAUUUAUGUAUAUAUACAAACUUUUAUGAUACCUCCCAGCCAUGUUAGAUCUUAACACCUGCCCUUAUGUGUAUUCAUGAAGUAAAACUUCUCUCUCCUUCUUAAACAUACCUUGUAGGGAAUCUCUGCCCAUUACACAACAUAAUGACAGGGUACUUUCAUAGGGCAAGAAAGAGAGCAAGGUGUUAAAUUCUGGGUCGAUCAUUAUAUGGAUAGACGGAAUGUUAAUUACAAUGAAAAUGCUGAAUGGAAUUCUCGAGCUAUAGCUCUUGUCUUCAUAAGACAUUAGCUGUUGGUGAGGUGUUUUUCUAAACAAAAUAAAGGUGUCCUUCAUGUUUUUUUUUGUCCUUCAUGUAAAAGCAUGUGGUGACUCUAAAUCUUGUGAUGGCCCUAGAUGUUGAAUGUUGUGGCUAGUUGUACAUCAGUUUUUUAUGUGUGACAGACUAGCUGGUCUAGAUAUGGAGUAUAUCAUAUAUAAGACAUGGCAAAGCCAUUUAUAUGCCAUUAUCUUCAAAGGAGUAGUAAAACUAUAUGGUAGAUUAUGCAAAUAGUGAGCAAGAUGGAGUCAAACAGUGAGAGCAACAUUGAGGAAAAAUCCUCAGACAAAGAAAAGGUAGCAAGCAACGACGUGGAUUUUAAUGAGAAUUUGUCUAAACAGUGUAACGGAAAUACCAUGACAGAUGUCAAUAAAAACAUUGCAAAGAGUGAAAGCCUAGAACUCAGUGACAACGCAACAACAAUGUUGAAACAAAAUAAAAGUGAAGGUGAUCUGAGCGAGACCAGUGAAAACUGUGAGCUUCAUAUUUCCGAGGGUUCCGACGUUGAAUGUGAAAAGACUGAAGAUGACAAAGACUCGGUAAAACCGAAUGGAGAAGACAAAGUGAAAACUGAUUCUAAUGUCUCUGAUCAAAAUGAUAUCAAAGAAACAGAGAAUGUUGAUUUAGAUAUGGCAGGCAACAAUAGCCAGGAAACUGGCAAGGAAAACAAAGUUCAUCAGGCAUUGGACGCAUCUGAUAUCGGUGUCGAGGAAGGAACUGAAGAUACCAAAGACAAACAAAGUGAAAGUGCUAACAAACCUAUCGACAUGGAGGUCCCUGUUGAUGGAAGUGGUGAAAGUCCAGCAGACGACAAAAUGCAUCUUCAGGAGGAAAAUGCAGAAAUGAACUCAAGUGAAAACGAGUUAUUAGAGCCGUGCAAGGAAAAAAUAAGUGAGACGUGCUCAGCUGAGUCAUCACCUGAUGAGUCUGGUGAAAACUCAAAGGAGUCCGUGAAAGGUGAAGAUACAAACAGUGUUUGUCAUCAGAACAGUGAGAGCAAUGAUGAAGUUGCUUCAAAGCAUGUUGAAGAAGAAUCUGAUGAUAAAGGACAAGAUAAAAAAGAAAAUGAUACUGAUAAAAAGCAUAAGGGAGAAAAAUUAGAGAGUGAUCAUGGUAAUAGUGACUCAUCCAAUGAGAAUGGUAGUGAAAGCAUUCCAGACUCAACAGAGAGUGAAAAGGACUUAAAGGUUGAAUGUGAUGCACUGGACAAUGAGGAUUCUAAACUUGAAAACAUUUCUGAAUCAGAAAAUAAAGAUGACAAGUCCAGGGAACAUUCUAAAGAUAUCACUGAAAGUGGUUCUAGUGUAGAUCCAGAGUCCAGUUUAAUUCAGUCAUCAGACAAUGUGGAUGAAAAUGUCAUUGAAUCACAAAGUAAAAAUGACCAGUCAGGGGAACAUUCUAAUGAAAUCAAUGAAAGUGGUUCAAGUGUGGAUCCAGAGUCCAGAUCUGAAAUGACCCAGCCAUCAGAUGUGGAUGUGGAUGAUUCUGAAGGUAAAAAUGACCAGUCUGAUGAACACUCUAAUGACAAAAGUGAAAGUGGUUCUUGUGUAGAUCCAGAGUCCAGAUCUGAAUUGACCCAGCCAUCAGAUGUGGAUGUGGAUGAUUCUGAAGGUAAAAAUGACCAGUCUGAUGAACACACUAAUGACAAAAGUGAAAGUGGUUCUUGUGUAGAUCCAGAGUCCAGAUCUGAAACAACACAGUCAUCAGACAAUGUGGAUGAUUCAGAAGGAAAAAAUGACCAGUCUGAUGAACACUCUAAUGACAAAAGUGAAAGUGGUUCUAGUGUAGAUCCAGAGUCCAGAUCUGAAACAACACAGUCAUCAGACAAUGUGGAUGAUUCAGAAGGUAAAAAUGACCAGUCUGAUGAACACUCUAAUGACAAAAGUGAAAGUGGUUCUAGUGUAGAUCCAGAGUCCAGAUCUGAAACAACACAGUUAUCAGACAAUGUGGGUGUUGAGCCUAAUGAUAUCUCUGACAGUAUUUUGAAAGAGAAUGCCUCUAAAGACUCUGAAAACAGCCUUGAAUACACAAAUGGUGACAGUGAGAGUGCACAAAGGGAAAGCGAAUCAAUAAUUGAAGCAAAAAAGGAUAUUGGUACUGAAGUAGACACAAAUCUGUCUGAGAGUUCUACCAGUGUCAAGCAAAAGAUAAAUGAUGACAUUUCCAAAGAAAAUCAAACACUGGAUAGUGAUCAGCAAGUCCUAGAAAUGCAAAGUGCAGAUAACCAAGAAACAGAGGUCUCCAAUGUUGACAGAUCCCAAAAUGAUGGUGUCAUUUCUGAAACAAACCAAGCAGAUGCACGAGAGAAUGAUAUUUCAGAAGAGAGUGCAAGUACAGAAAUUAAUGCUACACAAUCUGAAACUGUCACAGAAGUUUUGAGUGAAAAUGAUGAUAAUGGUUAUGAUGAAACAUCCAAAGUAGAGAGAAAAGUAAUAGACAAUGAUCAGUCAGUUCAAACUGAUGAAAGAGAACUGGAGACUUCAUCAACACAAACAGUGAUGAAAGAAUCAAAAGACCAAAGCAGUGAAACACCUGCCAAAGAAGUUGGCUCAAUGGAAACUCAGACUAUUGACCAAAAGGUCCAGUGUGAGCACAAAGAGACUGAAACCGAUGUUACAGAACAUGUUCAGAAGACUGAAGUGUGUGAUAAGGAAACCUCUAUAUCUCAACCUGAGAGUGCAGAGCAAUCAGUCCAAACAGAAGCAGAAAACCUGAACAGUGUUCAGGAAGAAGAAGUGCUAGAGGAUGAGGAGGAGGAGGAGAAAGAAGAAGAUGCAGAAGCAUCAAAACAACCUACCCAGACACCUUCCACAGAGCAAGCAACUCAAACAGAUCUACAAGAAUCCGUUUCUAUGAUGAUCCAAACAGACAACCAAAAACCCACAGAGAAAGAACAGGCGCUGGAAGACGAAACAGACAUGCUGAAGGAUGAGCUGAGUGAAGCCAAGAAAAUGAUCCGCGACCUGCAAGCUGAGCUGGCCAAGAGCAAGGCCAGCAGUAACUACAUGGUGACCACGCUCAAGUGUCAGUUGAAGAAGAGCCACGAAUCGCAGCAGGCCCAGCGGUGCCAGUCGGACCGACAGAUGGGCGAGGUGCUGGCUCAUCUUCUCUACCUGGAAGGACAGUUAAAGAAGGACAAAACUCAUAUCAAAUUUCUAUUAAGACAGAAGGACGACAUCAUUCAAAAACAGAAGUGUGACAUUGAGGAGUUAAAGAAUACGAACCAAAGGUUGAUCGAAGCGGUCAGGGAACACUAUGCAAGAAAAGGGAAGAACGGACUGUCGAAGGAACACAGUGAAAGCUUACAGAACGCUGAGGCAGAGGUGCCGUGUAGUCCAAAAGUGAAAGUGAAAAACAGGGGUGCGUUCGGUUCGGUGAAGGACAUUAUAUGGAAACAUCGAAGCAGCUUAGAUCUAUCAGAAGCAGGUAUGGAAAUUCAGGGGAAUCUUAAGAAAGAUCGACAGUAUAGCAGUCAGGAGAAUCUAUUUUCAUUGGGCAGGAGAAGCAAAGAAGCAAGAGAAAGCAGAGACAAAAAGUGUAAAAGCAUCGCUGGCUACCCCGAUCAUUCUUUGGAAUAUCUUAUUCCGGAGGAAGCGGAACUGCGUGAUAUUUCUUUGCAUGGAAGUGCUUCGUCCCUGAAAAAGGGUCAAAAGAGUGGACGGAACGUCAGUUGGGGAAGUGAUAAAAGUGAUGUGAAUAAUUCUUACGACAGUAAUGGCCAUCUCAUGGUAUCCCCGAUGAUGUCAGCGGGAUCCAUGCCAAUGCUAAAUAAAAAUUCAAACUUGGAUCUAGUGACAAAAGAUCGGCCUCAUUCCAUCUCCAGCAUCGAAAGUUUGUCUCGCGAGAACUGUUCCUCUCUUCCUGGGACCCCGAAAAUGGAAGAAAAAGUACCGCAUCCAGUGCCACAAGAAUCUUCAAAUCCAUUCAAAAACCUCAAGACUAUCCUGAAGCGGAAAGGAAGUAAAAUGAAAAACAAGAAACGCACGGUUUCACUCUCGAACAGUGCCAAUCCGGAAUACGAGGAAGCUAUGAAGAAACAUUUUGAAAAGUAUGAGAUGUCAUAACUCUGGUUCAUUUGGUAUAAGGGUACCUGUUCAGCAUCAUUGUGCAUUAUUCUUCUAUUUACAUUACUUUCUAUAAACUCUAGUCUAUCAGAAAAAAAGCAAUGAAUACAUUUAAUUAUAUGUGUAAGAAACUGGAAUCAACAUAAUGAAAGGUUUCAAUUUUUA